AUGUCUCUGAGUAGUGGCAAGGAAAGGUUGAACGAGGCUAAUCCAACACGUGCAGUGCGCGUUUCAAACGCGGAUGCAAGAGCAACGGCCAAUGGUACAGACUUGGAUGCGGAGGCUACUUGCGAGGAAGAGGCUGUUGAUGGGAGAUGCCGAGAUUCGAUGGCGCUCGUAAGAAAUACACCAGAUACUUUGGCGUAG